UUUCUAGGUAGACAAUGUUAUUAGCUCAGAUAAACCGAGACUCUCAGGGCAUGACUGAAUUUUCUGGAGGAGGAAUGGAGGCCCAGCAUGUGACUCUUUGUCUAACAGAAGCUGUAGCUGUGCAAGAUGGUGACAACUUAGAAAACAUGGAAGGUGUAAGUUUGCAAGCAGUUACCCUUGCUGAUGGCUCCACUGCUUACAUACAGCACAAUUCUAAAGAUGGUAAAUUAAUGGAUGGCCAAGUGAUUCAGUUAGAAGAUGGUUCUGCUGCUUAUGUUCAACACGUUCCCAUGCCUAAAAGCAGGGACAGCUUGCGUCUGGAAGAUGGACAAGCAGUUCAGCUGGAAGACGGAACUACGGCAUUUAUUCAUCACACCUCAAAAGACAGUUACGACCAGAGUGCAUUACAAGCGGUCCAGCUGGAGGAUGGAACUACUGCCUACAUUCACCACACAGUGCAGAUGCCGCAGUCAGAUACCAUUUUAGCCAUUCAAGCUGAUGGCACAGUGGCAGGUCUUCACACAGGAGAUGCUGCCAUUGACCCAGACACCAUCAGUGCUUUGGAGCAAUACGCAGCCAAG